UCUAGAGAUCUUCAGCAGAACACAUGUUCCACCACACGGACAGGUUCGGUCUAGCUCGGYUCUGGUCUGACGGGUUUUUCUCGCCGGACCAAAAACCCCGAGCCGCCGCCUCAAACCGGAGGAGCGCGAGGAGGUCCACGGGAAAACCGAACAGGAACCGGAAGCCAGAAGAUUUCCUCUUAGUCCGAACGGAGCUCUGCGGGUCACUGCUGGAGACGGACACACGGACAGCCCAAAUUUGAAUCUGUCCUGUCUGAGAUUGAGAUCAUCACCAAUGAGCUGCAUUAUGCCCUGUCCAACAUCUCGAACUGGUUGCAGCCAGAGUAUGUAUCCAAGAGUCUGGCCACAAAGCUGGAUACCUGUUUUAUCCGGAGGGAACCAUUAGGAGUGGUCCUGAUCAUUGGACCGUGGAACUACCCGCUGCAGCUUAUAGUCCUACCAAUGAUUGGAGCCAUCGCUGCAGGAAAUUGUGUGAUCGUCAAACCAUCUGAGGUCAGCUCUGCCACAAACUGUCUGAUAGCAGAGCUCAUCCCCAAGUACCUGUCUCAGGACUGUUAUGCAGUAGCUCGUGGAGGAGCAGARGAGACUCAGGCACUUCUGAAGAAUCGAUUCGACCAUAUCUUCUACACAGGUUCUCAGGCUGUGGCCCGAUGCAUCGCACAGGCAGCCCUGGUCCACUUGACACCAGUAACUUUGGAGUUGGGGGGCAAAUGUCCUUGCCUCAUUUAUGGGCGUGUAAACAUUGAAGCUGCUGCUUACCGCUUGGCCUGGGCCAAGUUUUUUAAUGCCGGUCAAAGCUGCGUGGCUCCAGACUAYGUGCUGUGCACCACCGCCACUCGGGACGCCCUGAUCCCUGCACUGAUCAAAGUCCUGGAGAAGUUCUACACCAACGAUCCUCAGAAGAGUCCCGACUUCGCCCGCAUCGUGUCGCCCCGACACUGGACUCGUCUGAUGGAACUGCUCGGGAAGACCAAAGGGAAGGUUGUUGUGGGCGGGGAGAACGAUCAAGAGGAUAAAUACAUCGGACCCACAGUAGUGGUAGACGUAACUGAAGACGAUGCUUUAAUGGCAGAGGAGAUCUUCGGUCCCAUUUUGCCUAUCCUUGCGUUUGAUUCUCUGGAGGAAAGUAUUGAGCUUGUCAACCGUCAAGAAAAACCUCUGGCCCUCUACAUUUUCUCYGACGAAUCUUCUGUGGUAAAAACAGUGCUGGAGAACACCAGCAGUGGAGGAUUCUGCUCCAAUGAUGGGAUCGUCCAUAUGACCCUGCCUGGUCUACCCUUUGGAGGUGUAGGGGCCAGCGGGUGGGGCAGCUAUCACGGCCGCUGGGGCUUCGAGGCGUUCAGUCACCGGCGGGCCUGCAUGCUGCGCGGCUGGGCUUUGGAGCGACUCAACAGCCUGCGUUACCCCCCUUACACUGAAGACAAGUUAAAGUGGCUGCGCUGGACUACCUCAGCGACCAGCAGCUGCUCCCUCAUGUGAUGAAAUGUGUGUUUGUGGAGCUGUUUGACUUCCUCCUUGAGGACACUCUACUUCCUACAAGGUCUGACAGCUUGGUAUGGUCUAAUAAAAUGUUUGCCUCCCAUCCCCACACAGGCUGAGAGCUCAGACUUUGUUCCAGGUUUAGGAGUACGCUAGGGCAUUCCAUCAAAAUGUCAGUGUGGAGUCCCUCACAGAUGACUGUGAGGACUUCUUUGAUUCUGUAACGUCAUCCUGGAAGAAUGAAAAAUGAGAUGUUUAUUAGUGUAAUACUGUCACUUUUCAAUGUGCCAAGUUUAUCUGUCACAUUUAAGUUUGCAUUUAGACAUUUUUAAAUGGUUUUCUUCACAAUUCAUUUGUUUCUCAGUAUUUCUCUCUUCUUGCUAAAUCUAGUUUUGUUUUCUCACAUUGCUGCUGAUUUUCGUGUUUGAAUGAUCCGUUUUCAAAAAUCUCUGGUCAUCAGUUUAUCUCAAAAAUGCCAGUUUAAAUACACUAAAACAUGACCUUCAA